UGAUGACGACGACGACGACGACGAGGACGAUGAAGGUGUACAUAAGUAUAUGGAUAUUGAAGCAGAGGAAGAAGGUGAUGAUGAUUAUAUCGAAAAUGAUGAAGAGGAAGAAGAUUAUACAGGAAUAGGUUCUUUACAAAAAAUUCGAGAUAAUUUGAACGAAGAAAAAACGAAAGAGGCACACAAUGAAACAGAUGAAGCAGUAGCUAAUAAUAAGUUUUCUGGAUUUAAAAAUUCUUCAAUUACUAAAGCUCCAACUAACGAAGAAAUUCAAGAAUUAAGAGAAACCGCUGAUUUAUUUAAAUCCAAUAUAUUUAAACUUCAGAUUGAUGAACUUUUAUCUGAAGUGAAUAUUGAUUACAACGCAGCAACACGUUUGGAGAAUGCUUUACAUAAGUUAAAACAAAUAUUUGAGAAUAUUGAUAAUGAACCAGAACUUACGAUAUCAGAGAUCACAGAUAAAAUGUUAAAACAUCAUAAGAUUGUCAUUCCUUUUCCGGUUCCACGUCCUACAAAUGAUAUCAAGUACAAAUUUGGUUUUAAGAAACCGAAUGCUUUCUACCUAGUCGGAAGUUAUCCUUUGAAAUCUGUAGUUCGCAGAAAAGAUUGUUUUAAUGUAGAUGUAGCUGUUAUAAUGCCUCGGUCAUUAUUUCAGGAGAAAGAUUAUAUGAAUUAUAGAUAUUUUCAUAAGAGGGCAUAUUAUCUUGCAGUAUUAGCCGCUGCUCUAAAAAAUAAUAAAUUAGGAUUGAAUGUUAAAGUGGAAUUUGGAACACUCGAUGGUGAUAAUCGUCGUCCUAUCCUUUUACUUAAACCAUCUGGGGAUCAUACGGAUACAGAUUUCUCAAAGUUGAAUUGUGUGAUUAGAGUGUUGCCAAGCAUUUCACCAGAAACAUUUCCCUCUAAAAGAUUAUCGCCUUCACGUAACAACGUUCGACCAUAUCAUGAGAUAAAUGAAUCUCAAAAUUCCGGUUCAGAUCUUCCACCAACGCCUCAAUAUAAUAAUGCAAUUUUAUCAGAUAUGUAUUAUGUACGAAAUCUACAUGAUCUUUAUAAACAAUCAAAAUUAUGUGCUGCUUUCGCCGAUGCAUGUAAAUUAGCUAAAGUUUGGCUUAAUCAAAGAGGAUUUGGUGGAGAUGAAGAUGGAUCUAGUGGAUUUAAUGGAUUUGUUUGGUCAAUGCUGAUGAAAUAUUUGUUACAAGGUGGGGGUCAUAAUGGAGAAAAAAAGUUAGCCAAUGGAUUUAGUUCUUAUCAGUUAAUGAAAGGGACUAUGGAUUUUUUAGCGAAACAUGAUUUUGUUAGCAAUCCUGUUUUUAUGAAUAAGAGUUCUAAAACUGAUGAGUUUAAUGAGAAUACGUUCAAGGAUAAUUUUGAAGUGGUAUUUGUUGAUGAUUAUGGAACAUUGAAUUUAUUUGGUAGAAUGUCAAAAGCCUCUCUAGAUCAGCUACAACAUGAGGCUAAGUUGGCGAUGGAUUAUCUUAAUGAGUCUCAUGUUGAUAGAUUUGAAGAUUUGUUCUUGAAGAAGGUUGAUGAUAUUAAAUUAAGAUAUGAUAAUGUUGCAAAAAUAACUCAGCUACCAAAGUCGUAUAAUGAAUAUGAUGAAUCUGCAAAAUUGAACUUCCCUGAUAGUUUUAUACACUUUGCAAGGACAAUGCCAAAGUUGCUUAAGCAAGGACUUACAAAUAGGGUCAAUUUAAUUGCAGUAAAUUAUAGCAAAUUAUCAUCUUGGUUAACCUCUGAACAACCAAAAACUUAUUCAUCGUCAAAUAUACAUAUUUAUAUUGGGUUUAUAUUUAAUCCUGAUGAAUCAAAUCGACUUGUCGAUUAUGGUCCAUCACCUGUAGACGAAAUCGCGGUAGCGAAGUUUCGUAAAUUAUGGGGGAAAAAAGCAGAAACUAGAAGAUUUAAAGAUGGAAAUAUUUUGGAAUGUAUGGUUUGGGAUUCUCAAAAAGGAAUUGAGUCAAGAAGUUUAAUUGUUAAUCAAAUAGUUUUACAUUUGAUGGCAUUACAUUAUAGAAUUAAAGAGAACAAAGGGAUUCAAUAUUGGGCAGAACAAUUGAAUAAAUUUGUUAUGCCUUCCAGUAAUGUUCCAAGAAAUAUUUGGAAUCCAGAAUUAAGUAAUCAAGGAUUUCAGCAUGUCAUGAAUGCAUAUGAUAACUUGGUAAAGCAAUGUUAUGCAUUAGAGGAUUUACUUUUGAGGGUAUCAAGUAUUAAAGGUUCAAGUCCUUCACUUCGAUAUUCAUCUGUAUUUACACCUCAACCGAUUAAAUUGAAACGAAAGAAUGGAGUUAUUAUUUUUCCAUCUCAUUACAUUGAACCUAUUGACAUUAUUAUCCAGUUUGAAUAUUCAACAAAGUGGCCUGAUGAUCUCGUUGCUAUACAGAAAAUGAAGAUAGCUUUUUAUAUUUUAUUAUCAAAUCAAUUUAAAAAACAAUUUCCUGAAACAAAAACUAGAGUUGUUGCUAAACCAAAUUUAGAUACGAUUAUAUCAACAGACGCAUUUUUGGAAGUAUUUUCUACUACAACAGGAUUCUCGUUUAGAUGUUUUAUACAUCAUGAACGGGAAUUAAUUUUACUGGAUCGUGGUAUAAAAAAUAAGAUGACUACUUCAAUUAAGAGAGAUAUUUAUACGAAUGCUUUAUUACGUUUAAAAAGAAAGUUUAUUCACCUACCUUUACAUAAUACACAAAUACAAACACUAUGUAAUAAAUAUCCAUCUCUUUCUUUAGCUAUUAGGUUAACUAAAAGAUGGUUUGGUGCGCAUUUAUUAACAUCAAUACAUAUUGAAGAAGAAUUUAUUGAAAUAUUAUGUGCUGUAAUUUAUUUAAGUCCUAGUCCGUGGGAAAGGCCUUCAAGUGGAUUCGUAGGAUUUUUGAGGGUUUUAAAGUUUAUUGCUGGAUGGGAUUUGAAAAAUGAUCCUGUUAUAGUUGAUUUAGAUGAAUCAAAUGAUAGUAAAAGAGGAGGUAAUGUUGUAAUCGGUACUUCUAGUAAUACAAUUGCAACGAACGAGACGGCGAAGAAAAAUAUUUUCGAAAAUCUCUUAGAGAGAUUCAAAAAUAUGAGAAAGGAGGAUGGAAAUUAUAAACAUUCUUCAAUGUUUUUGGCUACUAUUAACACAAUUUCAAAUGAAGGAAUUAUAUGGGGAGAAGAAAAACCUAGUAAAGUUGUAGCUAUUAGAAUUAAAGAAUUGGCUAAAGCUGCUAUUGAAUGUGUCGAUAAAAUUAUCUUUAAAGGAGGAAAAGUUGAUAAUAAAGAGUUCAAAAGAUUAUUUAUUACACCAUUACAAGAUUAUGAUGCAAUAAUACAUUUGAAUCCAAAUUUAUGUACGCGUUAUUAUCAAAACUUAAAUCCUGAUAAAUCUUAUUUUGAAAAGAAUAAUGAAAGCUUGAAUAAUACAAAAUCGAAUAAUAUUUUAAAACUUUUUGAAUUGGAAUCGGGAAUUAGUAAUAGAAGCAAUAAUAAUAAUGAUGAUAAUAAUAGUAUUAGUAAUAAUAAUGCGAGUAUUGAUGAUAAAAAUGAAGGUAAAUCGAAAGAUUCAGAAAAUAAUGUAAAUAAAAAAGAGGAAGAAUGGCCAUUAAUUGGAUUUGAUCCAGUAGAAUGUUAUGUAAAUGAAUUAAAAAAGAUAUAUUCAGAUACAGCAUUAUUUUUUUAUGAUAAAUAUGGUGGAUCAUUUAUUGGUUUAGUUUGGAAUCCUAUAAAUUUUAUUCCUAAACCAUGGAAGGUUAAUACUGGAUUUUCUAGUUGUCCCGUUGGUUUAAUACCAAGUGGAGAAAGAAACAAGGUAUUAGCAAAUAAAGAUGAUUCUAAAAUACAACGAAUUCAAAAUGAUAAAAAGAAAAAAAAUGAUGAUUCUAGAAUGGUUAUCAUAAAUACUAAAGCUAUUAUAUUGGAAAUAGAAAGAUUGGGUAAUGGAUUAGUUGAGAAAAUUGAACUUAAGAAAUAAAUUAUUAAUUGUAUUUUUAAUGUCUCCUCUAAAAAAGGAUAAUAAUAAAACUAAAAAAAAAAAAUAUACAAUUGAUUUAUUACAA